AUUCUUCUCCUCGCGGUGGCUGCAUCGUCGUUUCGAACAUGGCCGCGACGGAAUGCGAAGGGAAAGACGGCACCUCGGCGGACCUGUUGAAAACACCGGUACUGUCCGACGAUGAUUCCAAGACGACCGAAAGGAACGAGGAGUUCGAAGACGGCAUCCCGUUGCAGACGCCGUGGACCUUCUGGUUAGACAAAGCCAUCCCUGGAACAACUGCAGAAGAAUACAAGGCCAAUCUCCAGAAGAUCUAUACUGUAAAUACUGUACAAAACUUCUGGGCUGUUUUUAAUAACAUACCAAAUGCGGGUGACAUGCAGGUGAAAUACAGUUACCAUUUAAUGAGAGACGAGAGAUAUCCUUUGUGGGAAGACAAACUGAAUCAAAAGGGUGGAACUUGGAGAUUGAAGUGCCAUAAGUCUGAUACUGAACGUGUCUGGAAAGAAGUGGUGCUUGCAGCUAUCGGAGAACAGUUCACCGCACACGUGGAUAAAGAUGAUGAAGUUUGUGGUGUGACUGUAUCUAUACGCGAUAGAGAGGACCUCAUUCAGAUUUGGAACAUAAAUGCUUUGCUGGGACCGAGAGCUACGGUUUUGCAGAAGGUUUAUUCUCUGGUGCCUAAUGUGAAAUUUCUUGGAGAGUUUUAUAAGGCUCAUCAAUCUCAUCAUGCAUACGGGAGACACUAAACAUACAGGAAGACUGCAUUAACAAUUAUAAAUAUUGUUAAAUACGUUAUACAUGAUUGGCAAUAUAACAAAUAUGUUUCUAUUGCACGGUCUAAAAAUAAAUACAGUAGUUCCUCGCUAACGUUUCCAUCCUCGGUUCCGCGAUAUCGAACGAGGAAGAUAUUGUUCCGAAAAUUUGUCAACUUUUAUCUCUGAUUGUCUCGACCGCGUUAGGCAAAAGUGAGAAUCAUUGAGUGUGAGUAAAAUUACAUAAAUUGAACAAUACCGACAGAAAAAUUGGAAACGUUAGCGAGGAACUACUGUAUUAUGUGUCAUAAAGCAGUCUUCUCUCUAUUGAAAAUUGAUGUGCAGCAGUGAACUUUAUACACCGUAUAGUUAUCCGAAGUGCUCACUUCAAACUUCGUAUCCGACCAUAAUUGAAAAAAAGAAUAGAUUGCUCAAUAUCUGCCAUUUCUUUCUUUUUCUAGCGAAUGUUGAUUGAAUCAACGAUCUCUUGUGUUUCUUCAUUUCUCGACAUAGCUAUAAAGUUACUUUUGUUUCUUUUGGCGCGGGUAACGUUAGUUGCUACUGUGUGACUAGAAAACCUCCGUUACGGCUCAUGCUUUGGUCUUGGUAGUUUUACAUUAACAUGUUGCAUCUUUCACAUAUGCACACAUAAGAUGUAUUACUAAGUAAGGCAAACUGAGCUCUGUCGCACAUUUGCGACGCCGAGCUAAUGAAAAUCAGCGCAUCGCACAUAUGUAUCACGCGCGAUUAGCAUGUUAACAAUUGAAUAAAGACGGGAAUGGUACUUU